GUCAAAUAAAAUAAUAUUUUUACAGGGUAUUUAGUCUGUAAUCUUGAGUAAAAAUGCUGUUAUGAUGCUGUGGUAUAAUCCCAGUAAAUCUUUAUUAAACAUUUUGGGGAAAUUCAGUCCAGUAAUCCCAGUAAACCCAGGCGGAAGUUUGUCUUUCCUGGGCAGGAAAUUGUCAGCAGUGUUAUUGUUGCUAGUGGGGACUGUUGUGUUGUGAAAAUGGCGACGCCUCGUCGCUCCUCUCAGCAGCAGCAGCCAAACUCCCUGCUGUCCUCCCCGCCCCGCGGCUCCUCUCUGCCCGUCACCCCGCCCGGCUCUCCGCCGGCACCCACCGACGAUGCCGCCCCGCUUUCCCGCGGAGCCGGGAUGGACAGCGCGGCUGACGGUGAGGCAACCCCUGCCUCCCCCAGCAGCACCUCCCCAGCUCUGGCCCUCACCGCCAGCAGCAGCAGCAGCAGCAGCACUAGCAGCAGCGCUAGCUCCCCGACCACCACCGAGGGCAGCGGGACCAGCCCCGGCUCUACGCCCGACUCAGGCAGCGGUGACGCGGGCAGCAGCAGCGGCAGCAGUGGGGGUGGUGGUGGUUCAAACGGGGCAUUCAGGGAGCUGUUUGAAGCCUGUCGAAACGGGGAUGUUUCCAGGGUGAAGAAGCUGGUGGAUGCGGUGAACGUGAACGCCAAAGACAUGGCAGGACGCAAAUCGACACCCCUGCAUUUCGCUGCAGGUUUUGGGCGAAAAGACGUGGUGGACCACCUGCUUCAGACAGGCGCUAACGUGCACGCACGGGAUGAUGGGGGUCUGAUCCCGCUUCACAACGCCUGCUCAUUUGGUCACUCAGAGGUGGUGUCCCUGUUGCUGUGUCAGGGGGCCGACCCUAACGCUCGAGACAACUGGAACUACACACCACUGCAUGAAGCUGCCAUUAAAGGCAAGAUAGACGUCUGUAUAGUGUUACUGCAGCAUGGAGCCGACCCCAACAUCCGCAACACCGACGGCAAGUCCGCCCUGGACCUGGCUGAACCCUCUGCCAAGGCCGUGCUCACAGGUGAAUACAAGAAGGAUGAGCUGCUGGAGGCGGCGAGGAGCGGAAACGAGGAGAAGCUAAUGGCCUUGCUCACUCCGCUCAACGUCAACUGCCACGCAAGCGACGGCCGCAAGUCCACUCCACUCCACCUGGCUGCAGGAUACAACAGGGUGAGGAUAGUUCAGCUGUUACUACAACAUGGAGCAGAUGUUCACGCCAAGGACAAAGGUGGUCUGGUGCCUCUACAUAAUGCCUGCUCUUAUGGACACUAUGAAGUUACUGAGCUGCUGCUAAAGCACGGAGCGUGUGUGAAUGCCAUGGAUCUGUGGCAGUUCACCCCACUCCAUGAGGCAGCGUCUAAAAACAGAGUGGAGGUCUGCUCCCUGCUGCUGAGCCACGGGGCCGACCCGACCCUGCUUAACUGCCACAGCAAGAGCUCCGUGGACAUGGCGCCCACUCCCGAGCUGAAGGAGAGGCUUACAUAUGAGUUCAAGGGCCACUCGCUGCUUCAAGCCGCUCGUGAAGCUGACAUGGCCAAGGCUAAGAAGACCUUGGCACUUGAGAUCAUCAACUUCAAACACCCGCACACACAUGAGACUGCGCUGCAUUGUGCAGUUGCAUCGCCGCACCCCAAGAGGAAACAGGUGACGGAGCUGCUGUUGAGGAAAGGCGCCAACGUAAAUGAGAAGAAUAAAGAUUUCAUGACUCCUCUCCAUGUGGCGGCAGAACGUGCUCAUAAUGACAUCAUGGAGGUGCUACAGAAACACGGUGCCAAGGUGAACGCCCUGGACACGCUGGGUCAGACGGCGUUGCACCGCGCGGCUAUGGCAGGCCACCUACAGACCUGCAGGCUAUUGCUAGGAUACGGGGCAGACGCCUCGCUGGUGUCACUGCAGGGCUUCACUGCUGCUCAAAUGGGAAAUGAAGCUGUUCAGCAAAUACUCAACGAGAACGUCCCAGUGAGAAACUCAGAUGUGGACUACAGACUUCUGGAAGCUGCUAAAGCCGGAGACCUGGAUACAGUCAAGUCGCUGUGUACGGCUCAGAAUGUGAAUUGCAGAGAUCUGGAGGGGAGACACUCCACCCCCCUUCACUUUGCGGCCGGCUACAACAGAGUGUCAGUGGUGGAGUACCUGCUGCACCACGGGGCUGACGUGCACGCCAAGGACAAAGGUGGUCUGGUUCCCCUCCAUAACGCCUGUUCAUACGGUCACUACGAGGUGGCCGAGCUGCUGGUCAGACACGGGGCCUCAGUCAACGUGGCUGACUUGUGGAAGUUCACACCGCUCCAUGAAGCAGCUGCCAAGGGCAAAUAUGAGAUCUGCAAGCUGCUGCUCAAGCAUGGAGCGGACCCCACCAAGAAGAACCGAGACGGGAACACACCUCUGGACUUAGUAAAGGACGGGGACACCGACAUCCAGGACCUGCUGAGAGGAGACGCUGCGCUGCUCGAUGCCGCAAAGAAAGGCUGCCUGGCUCGGGUGCAGAAGUUAUGUAGCCCCGACAACAUAAACUGUCGGGAUACGCAGGGACGCAACUCAACACCUCUGCACCUCGCAGCCGGCUAUAACAACUUGGAGGUGGCGGAGUAUCUGUUGGAACAUGGAGCUGAUGUGAACGCACAGGACAAAGGAGGGCUGAUACCAUUACACAAUGCUGCUUCAUAUGGGCACGUGGACAUAGCCGCCCUCCUGAUCAAGUACAACACGUGCGUCAACGCCACGGACAAGUGGGCGUUCACGCCCCUCCACGAAGCAGCCCAGAAGGGGCGGACUCAGCUUUGCGCUCUGCUGUUGGCCCAUGGAGCCGAUCCCACCAUGAAGAACCAGGAGGGACAGACGCCGCUGGACUUGGCAACGGCCGAUGACAUCAGAGCAUUGCUGAUUGAUGCCAUGCCACCAGAUGCCCUGCCAAGCUGUUUGAAACCCCAGGCCACUGUGGUAAGUGCAAGUGUGGUGAGUACAGGUGCAGCAGGGGGCGUGGUCAUCUCUCCCUCUCCAUCCCCAUCAUGCCUGUCUGCGGCCAGCAGCAUAGACAACCUGACCACGCCCCUCAGUGAUAUCACUGUGGGCGGGGCCACUGGACCAGCAGAUGGAGCGUCUGGGUCUGAUCGGAAGGAAGGAGAAAGUACGUGCACUCUGCUCGACAUGACCAUCAACCAGUUCUUGAAGAGUCUAGGGUUGGAACACCUCCGAGACAUCUUCCAGCGGGAACAGAUUUCUCUGGAUGUGCUGGCAGACAUGGGUCACGAGGAGCUGAAAGAGAUCGGCAUCAACGCUUACGGUCACAGACACAAACUCAUCAAGGGCAUCGAGAGGCUGCUGGGAGGCCAGCAAGGUGCAAACCCAUACCUGACGUUCCACUGCUCCAGCCAGGGCACCGUGCUGAUCGACCUGGCGCCAGACGACAAGGAGUUCCAGUCUGUGGAGGAGGAGCUACAGAGCACUAUCAGAGAACACCGCGAUGGAGGCAACGCAGGUGGAGUGUUCAGCCGGUACAACAUCAUAAAGAUUCAGAAGGUGGUGAAUAAGAAGCUACGGGAGAGAUACGCACACAGACAAAAGGAAAUAGCGGACGAGAAUCACAACCAUCACAACGAGCGAAUGCUUUUUCACGGUUCUCCCUUCAUCAACGCCAUCAUCCACAAGGGCUUUGACGAGCGACAUGCCUACAUCGGCGGCAUGUUCGGCGCCGGGAUCUAUUUCGCAGAGAACUCAUCUAAAAGCAACCAGUAUGUUUAUGGGAUUGGUGGAGGCACAGGAUGUCCCACCCACAAAGACCGCUCCUGCUACGUGUGCCACAGGCAGAUGCUGUUCUGCAGAGUGACGCUGGGUAAGUCGUUUCUUCAGUUUAGUGCGAUGAAAAUGGCCCACGCCCCCCCGGGACACCACUCGGUUAUAGGACGACCCAGUGUCAACGGACUGGCGUAUGCAGAGUAUGUCAUCUACAGAGGGGAGCAGGCUUACCCAGAAUACUUGAUCACCUACCAGAUUGUGAAGCCAGAGAGUCUGGCCACGCCUGCUGCCCCCUCCGAGCAGAAGUCCUAAAAUGCAAUCACAGCUGGUGCCGCAGAAGGCCAGACCGCAACGGACUAGAGUCACUCUGUAAGAGGACUGCAACUGAACUAGAGGGUGUUUCAAACCUCAGCCCAAAAUUAAAGUCUCCAGAGUUGAACUUGAGGUGGGCAAGGUGACGUUUCGACCAGGCAGUAGUCAGACGACCCUCGGAAAACAGGCCUGAUGUGUCUAAAAAGGAGAAGAGGAGGAGGAUGAGUCUCGGGGUGUGAUACAUGCUCGGUCCAAAGCAGCGGGCAGCAAAAUCUAUCAGCUUCUUUAAUUAAUUGGGUCUAAUUUUGCAGGAGAAAAUGCAAUGGGUUUGAUCAACAUUUUCUGGAAGUGUACCAGUAAGCUGUUUUUUAAAUUUGCAGGCCUUUAGCUUUAUCCUGAAAACAAUUAAGGAAGCAAUUACAACAGGACACGGUCCAAAGCAAAACAAACAUCCCUGAUUUUGCACCUUUGCGUGCUGCUCAUGUAAUCUACCCCCGGUUUUAAUGUGUUGUUUUGAUAUUGUGUCCUCUUUUGGCUUUGUGCAUCAUCCGCAGCAACAAAACAACACCCCGAGGCCACUUCCAGAAACAGCGAUUGUUGUGCUGAGAGAAGAGAAAUCCAGUUCAUUUUAUGUUACAGCUCGCCACGUUUUCACCAAUGAGGCUCGUGUAAACAGGACACACAUCCCUCUGUGUUCUCUCACAUCUCGUCUGCUGUAAACAAAGACAAAAUUAUGAAACAAGUGUGAGCAGGGAGAAGUAGAAGAGAUUACAGCGGACAAAUACCCAGAAGUCAAUAAGCAGAAAGCAAACAGGAGACCACAGUGCACUGCUGCUGAAGUGCCGGCUGCAGAUUUUCCACUGCAAUCCAUACUGGGACCAUCUUCUACACCUGCCAGUCAGACCAAACAGUUCAUGUCAGAAGCCAGCAAAAUGUCAAAUCCAUAAAACUCGCUUUCUGGUUUACGUGGCCAGAAAAUCCGAAUUUUGGGCAGAGCUGAGUUCUGACAAGCAAGCAGCAACCUGAGACGGCUUUCUAACAGGGUAACAUGCCCCUAACUCACCAAAUUCGACAUUCUCAAGAACAAUUACAAACUGACUUUGUAUUACUGAGAAAAUGUACUUUCCAAAUUGAUCAUCCUCGUUUUGUAGUCAGUAUCUGGUGGUCAUAUUAUGAACUACAUCUUAAACACCUUCCACAUCGGCUCAGACAGUCAAACAUGGUGGUUGCUUGAUGCUUGUUUUGACCCAGCUCGGGAUGACUACAAGACACCAGACUGUCACACACUUUUAUUCCAGUUCACUCAAAGCUACGCUUGGCAACUCAGACUACUACAAACACAGAUCAGAGAGUCUGAACUUCAGUACUGAGAAAUCUUGUCAGGUGAUGUCACUAAACCGCACACAGCAAGCUCACUGGGCCUCAUUCACCACUCUUUAAUUUUUACUUAAAUUUGCUCUUAAGAAAAGUCGACAUCAGAUUGAUUGCAUGUUCUUAAACCACAAAAUUAUGCGCACUUGUGUUCUUAAAAGGAUGAAUCCCCUUGUUCUUGUAAACCGGACGUGCGUGCCAGUUGACCCUGAUUAGCAGGUAAAUGUCCUGCCAAUCCACAUUUAAAGGGCAUGACCCUGCAGGGCCGUGUGCACACUAAGGGUCUGAAUCACUAGAGGCACCACAAUACGAUAUCAUCACGAUGCAGAAGUACAAUACAAGAUUAUUGCGAUUUUAAACGUGUUAUGAUAUGCUGAGUAUUGCGAUAUAUUAUCUUUUUUCAGUGGCAAAUGAUGUCCUCAAAAAGGACUUUGUCGUCAUCAACAGUUUUAUCAAAUAAAAUUAAGUGGUCAGUCUUUUCAUCUCACUUAAGUCAUUUUAUUGCAGCAAAAUGUAUCUAGCAGACUGAGUUAGCUGCCAAGAAAAUUUUUUUUUUUUUUGUAAUAUUAAUAAUAUACAGUACAGGCCAAAAGUUUGGACACACCUUCACAUUCAAUGUGUUUUCUUUAUUUUCAUGACUAUUUACAUUGUAGAUUCUCACUGAAGGCAUCAAAACUAUGAAUGAACACAUGUGGAGUUAUGUACUUAACAAAAAAAGGUGAAAUAACUGAAAACAUGUUUUAUAUUCUAGUUUCUUCAAAAUAGCCACCCUUUGCUCUGAUUACUGCUUUGCACACUCUUGGCAUUCUCUCCAUGAGCUUCAAGAGGUAGUCACCUGAAAUGGUUUU